GGGGUAUGUGAGGUUGGACUUGGGUGAAACUGAACUCUUUGGGUUUUCAUUCAGUUAGCAGGCACCAUGGCUCAGCUGGUGGAGUGUGUCCCCAACUUCUCCGAGGGCCGAAACAAAGAGGUGAUCGAUGCCAUCUCAGCAGCCAUCUCCAGCACACCCGGCUGCAGCCUGCUGGACGUCGACCCUGGAGCCUCCACUAACCGCACCGUCUACACCUUUGUGGGCUCUCCUGAGGCAGUGGUGGAGGGGGCGCUGAACGCCGCCCGCCAGGCCUUCAGCCUUAUUGACAUGAGAAAACAUUCAGGUGAACAUCCUCGGACCGGGGCCAUGGACGUUUGUCCCUUCAUUCCCGUCCAGAACGUCAGCAUGGACGACUGCGUGCAGUGUGCCAACGUGUUCGGACAGAAACUGGCAGAGAUGCUGCAUGUGCCCGUGUAUCUUUAUGGAGAAGCAGCUCGAACAGCGACCAGGAGAAGCCUUCCAUCUGUGCGAACAGGAGAGUACGAAGCUUUGCCUGAAAAGUUGAAACGUGAUGAAUGGGCCCCUGACUUUGGCCCCGCCGACUUUGUACCAUCUUGGGGCGCAACGGUAACUGGUGCUCGUAAGUUCCUCAUUGCCUAUAAUGUGAACCUGAUCAGCACUAAAGAACAGGCUCAUCGCAUAGCACUGGACAUCCGGGAGCAGGGUCGAGGGAAGGACCAGCCUGGGCAGCUGAAGAAGGUGCAGGGGAUUGGUUGGUACCUGGAUGAGGCUAACCUUGCUCAGGUUUCCACCAACAUUCUGGACUACGAGGUGACGCCCCUCCAUGCUGUGUAUGAGGAGAUCUGCAGAGAUGCGGAGGACCUGAACUUGCCUGUGGUCGGCUCUCAGAUUGUUGGCCUGAUCCCUCUGAAGGCUCUGCUGGACUCUGCUGACUUUUACAUCCAGAGAGAACGACUCUUCAUUAUCGAAGAGGAGCACAAAGUCCGACUGGUGAUCAGUAAACUUGGCCUCGACUCCCUCGGUCCGUUUAAUCCAAAGGAGAGAAUCAUAGAGUACAUGGUGAAGUCACAGGAGGAUGGACAGCUGGUGUCUUUGUCUCUGCAGCAGUUUGUUCAGAGCGUUGGUGCUCGGACAGCAGCUCCCGGAGGAGGAUCAGUUUCUGCAGCAGUUGGUGCAAUGGGGGCCGCACUGGGUGCCAUGGUUGGUCAGAUGACGUAUGGGAAGAGGCAGUUUGAGAAUCUGGACAGUGUGAUGAGGAGGCUGAUUCCUCCAUUUUAUCAGGCCAUGAAUGAAUUGCUGGACAUGGUGGAUGCCGACUCCUCCGCCUUCAACAGCUACAUGGCAGCACUGAAAAUGCCAAAGAAAACUGCAGAGGAAAUGAAAAGGAGAGAAGCUGCGAUGCAGGAAGGACUGAAGCAAGCUGUUGCCGUCCCAUUGGCUCUUGCUGAGAGGAUCAGCAUCCUUUGGCCAUCUCUUAAAGAAAUGGUUGUCUACGGAAAUUUUAGCUGCAAGUCUGAUGCUCAGGUAGCAGCUAAAGCUUUAGAAACAGCUGUUUUUGGAGCGUACUACAAUGUCACGAUCAACCUCAAAGACAUCACAGAUGAAGCCUUCAGAGCAGCAACCCAGAAGAGAGCGUCAGAACUGCUGCAUGAAGCCAAAGACAGUAGUGCUGCCAUCCUCCAUGCUGCAGAGAAAAGAAACUGAAUAGACUGAAGAAAUCAAUAAAGCUGCACAAGGAAGAUAAUCUGACAUUAAUGUGACUUUAAACACUGAAGAGCUGGAUACAAUGACUGUAUUACAAGGGAAAAUCUUCAGA